AUGUGGCCGAGGCUAUCUUUGUCUGCAUCCUGUAUUAGGGCUAUACGACCUAUAAAGCCUUUUUCUUCUUUCACCCCUUGUCGCACUACUACACCUUUCCGACCCUUUCUUCAAGUGAACACAACUCCCAUUCGACCCACUCUACACCAACAAUGCACACCAUUACAGCAAUUCGGACAACGUCAGUUUACAACGACUCGUCAAUUAUGGCAGGAAUCCAAAGACAAGUUGAAGCAGGUCGCCAAACCCGCUAUUGAAAAGACAGAGACAAAGGAACGCAAUGCAACCGAUCUCGCCAUCAUUCGACAGCUCAUGAAGUACAUUUGGCCCAAGAAUGACUUUGGUGUCAAGGCACGUGUUGUUAUCGCAUUAUCUCUCUUGGUUGGAGGCAAAUUAUUGAAUGUUCAAGUACCUUUCUUCUUUAAAGACGUGAUUGAUUCUUUGGGAGUUACGUUUCCUUCCGAUGCUACUCUGUGGGCAGUGUGUGGAGCGACUGUUAUCGGCUAUGGCUUGGCAAGACUUGGAGCAAGUGCUUUUCAAGAAUUAAGGAAUGCUGUAUUCGCUGCUGUUGCACAAAAAGCGAUUCGACGAGUUGCCCUGAAUGUGUUUGCUCACUUGCAUCGACUGGAUCUCAGCUUUCAUUUGACACGUCAAACAGGUGGAUUGAAUCGCGCUAUUGAUCGAGGCACAAAGGGUAUCAGCUUUUUGUUAAGCUCCAUGGUAUUCCAUGUAUUGCCUACUGCUUUGGAGAUCUCUAUGGUGUGUGGCAUCUUGGCUUACAAGUUCGGUUCCACUUACGCUGCCGUUACCUUCACAACCAUCCUCGCCUACACUGCUUUCACUGUCACAACCACCGCAUGGCGUACGCAAUUCCGUAAGCAGGCCAACGCUGCUGACAAUGAAGCUGCUACACGCGCUGUCGACUCAUUGAUCAAUUUCGAGGCUGUCAAGUACUUCAACAAUGAAAAAUACGAAGCCGACCAAUAUGACAAACCCUUGCAAAAGUAUGAAAAGGCAUCCCUCAAGGUGGCAUCCAGCUUGGCAGCUUUGAAUGCAGGUCAAAAUGCUAUCUUCAGCACAGCUCUUACAGUGAUGAUGUUCCUUUCAGCUCAAGGUGUGAUCAAUGGUACAAUGACGGUUGGUGACGUGGUGAUGGUCAAUCAAUUGGUGUUCCAACUUUCAAUGCCUCUCAACUUUUUGGGUUCGGUGUAUCGUGAAUUGCGUCAAUCUUUGAUCGACAUGGACACUUUAUUCAACCUCGAGAAUCAAAAGGCCAUUAUCCAAGAUGCUCCAGAUGCCAAGGACUUGAUCUUCAAGGGCGGUGAAAUUCGAUUUGAAAAUGUCACCUUUGGUUAUCAUCCUGAACGUCCUAUUCUCAAGAACGUGAGCUUUACAGUACCUGCUGGUGAUAAGGCUGCUUUUGUGGGACCAAGCGGAUGCGGCAAGUCGACCAUUCUUCGCUUACUCUACCGCUUCUACGAACCACAAUCUGGCAACAUUUAUGUGGAUGGACAAAACAUUAAGGAUAUUCGAGUCGACAGCCUUCGACGUGCUAUUGGUGUCGUGCCUCAAGAUACAACCUUGUUCAACAAUACGAUUUAUUACAAUGUGCACUAUGGUCGGAUUGAUGCCACUCAAGAAGAGGUGUAUGACGCUGCCAAACGUGCCCAGGUCCAUGAUGUCAUUAUGAGUCUACCCGACAAGUAUGAGACAAAGGUGGGUGAGCGUGGUUUGAUGCUUUCAGGUGGUGAAAAGCAACGUGUUGCUCUGGCUCGAACCAUUCUCAAGAAACCCAAGAUGCUUUUCCUUGAUGAAGCCACGUCUGCAUUGGACACGCAUACUGAACAAUCACUUCUUGCAAGUUUCAGAUCCAUCAUCCGUGAUACGGGCAUGACAAGCUUCCAUGUUGCACAUCGAUUAAAAACAAUCCGAGACGCUGACACCAUUUUCGUCCUAAAGAAUGGCAACAUCAUCGAGUCUGGUACUCAUGAAGGAUUGAUUGGCAUGGAUAAUGGUAUAUACAAGACCAUGUGGGAAACCCAAGAGAACUCUGAUGCAUAUCUUGAUUGA